AUGGACGUCCGUGGAAACCCACCGGCAGCACAGGUGAAAAAGGUCCUCCAGGGCUCCAGAGGCCCCCCAGGGGACCCGGGACCAGAUGGAGAGCAAGGUCACGAGGGACCUCCAGGACCUGAAGGAGAGCAGGGACCUGUGGGUGAACCUGGGAUCAAGGGUGAAAUGGGGCCUGUCGGAGAAGAGGGUGAACUGGGCCAACCGGGCAUCAGAGGUCCUCCAGGGCCACCUGGAGAGGACGGGCAUCAAGGGAAGGAUGGACCAAAGGGUGAGCCAGGCGACCGUGGACCGAUGGGAGAAGCCGGAGAAAGGGGUGAGAUUGGUGACUCUGGCCCACUAGGACCUCCUGGAAGUCCUGGGGAAAAAGGCUUCCCGGGACCUGAGGGCAAACAAGGUCUGCCCGGCAACCGUGGACGUCCAGGAAAGAAGGGUGAAAAAGGGUUGCCGGGUCACUUGGGAGAGAUGGGCUCACCGGGCGAAAUCGGACAGACAGGGGAGAGAGGACUCAAAGGUGCUCGUGGAACCAGAGGACCCGCAGGUCGACCAGGAGUUAUGGGACCUCAGGGAGAGCCGGGACUUCAAGGUUACACAGGUCACACUGGCAAACCAGGUCCAGCAGGCCCCCCAGGACCAAAGGGAGAAAAGGGUUAUCCAGGAGAAGACAGUAAAACGGAAGGACCACCAGGGCCCUUAGGUGAACCAGGCUCUUCGGGAGAGAAAGGUGAACGUGGGGAACCAGGAGAUGAUGGAUAUCAGGGUCACGUAGGGGUCACAGGCGCCCGUGGAGCGAUUGGUCAGCAGGGAUCUCCUGGAUCUCCUGGGCUUCCUGGUGAAGCAGGACCCAAGGGCGAGAAGGGAGUUCAGAUGACGAUGUAG